AUGUCGGGUCCUCCGCAACCCGAAUGGCGUCGGCCUGCGACGGCGCAACAACGGCCCCAUGCGUCGCAACCACCCCCUCCUCCGUAUAAUCCAAACACAUACGGCCAUAUGUCUACUCAAUCCCCCGUAUCGGGAACAGGGACAACUAUGUCGCCGUCUACGGGGUUAGACACAUCCGCUUGGGGAGUACGAUACAAUAGGCAGCAACAUAUCCAAACCCCUCCUCCGUUGCCUGUGAGUACCCAAGUGAACACUCCUGGACAUCCACCCACCACCCAGCCCCCUACAGCGACUUCUGUAGACUCCAGCAAUCCUACACAGUAUGGGACCCAAACUUCUACACCAGGGCAUCAUCAGCCAUGGCCGACAAGUACACCAUAUACAUACCAGCAGCCUGCGAGUUCGGCUUCGGGACCACCUCCGCCGCCUCUUCCACCGUCUAUCCCUCCGGCUUACCAUACUGCUGCAUCGCAGCCAAGCACUCAACCACAACAGUCUUCAAGCCCGUUGUAUACGGCGUCCCCUUACAGUCCACCGGCUGGUCCAAACUCUCAGCAAUCCAACGUCCAUUCCCUCUCGGAACGCCCAGUACCGCAGACCUUUCAAUCUGAGCAGAUUCCUGCAUCCGUAGGAAGCCCUGCAAUGCAUUCAGCGCCACCGAUGACUGCUCCUCCUGUUCCUCCCAAAACGAGUGCCAACAUCAUCCCGGCGGGGCCGUCCUCAUUUGGUGCCUUCACUCCUUCAGACUGGGAGCACCUGUCUCCUAAUCCGGGGAACGUCGAUGACGAAGGUUUUUUGGGGUCUAAACAGAACACUGUCGCGCAUGUGCCAACUCCCUCAGACUACCCACCAAGCUAUACAACUGCGGCUGUACCCAACCCAGCUUCGCAAUCCUCAGCUCCAACGCCACCUUCAGGUGUCUCACCCACUAUUCAGCCCACGCACUCUCAUGACACAACAGGGGUGCAGGACCAAUUCAGGGUCUCGCCUGUUAGCCCGGGAACUGGCCAGGAUACUAUACAUGACCCGGCCCCGCCGCCGCCGCCGCCACCACCACCCCCACCACCCAUCAGGGUGAAGACGGAUGACUCUUUUUACAGUUCAACAUCUGCCAUAGAUGCUUCUGAAAGUAUUGAUGGUGUCAUCGAGGCGUGGAAGCAACCUCUACCUAUUGAGUCUACGUCGCCAAAUGUCCAAACCGAUCCACACACCUCUGCCGGAUCGUCAACUCCAUUGCGACAGCUUACUCCUCUCGACAUCCCUCAAUCGAAACAAGAAGCUUUCAUACCUCGAGAGACCACACCAGCUCACUUCGAGAAUACAUCGAGCGGGAGGGAUGUAUUGCCACAACCAUCGUCGCCGAACCCCAGGCAAAUAGACCCACAUGAAGACUUAGACCCCUGGUCCAAGUCUUCGCUGGAUCGUUAUGUGGCCAUGCUGCGCAAGGAAGCAGUGGCCGACUCAGACACUGAACGCUUCAAGAUAUUCACAGCUUUCAUGGCCAAGGAGACGAAACUACGCGAAAUUUUAUAUAAUGUUGAUUCCACUGAAGAUACCGCUCAAGCACCAACGCCAGCCACACAGCCUCCAGCUCAAAAACUGUCUCCUGUCAUAGACCCAAUGGACUCGGGCCUUAUACCCGUAGAGACAGAGGAGGCCGAGGAUUCUUCGUCUGAUACCCCAGAAGAGCCUGAGGAUGGAAAGUAUAGUCCAGGGGGACGUCCAAUCCUUCCCCGUCUCCAUACACCGAAGAUUACAAGUGUGCGCCGGUCAGCUUCUAAUCCCGGCGGCCCCAAAUAUGGCCCAGAGCGUCUGGUGCAGGGUCAGUUUUCGAGAUCGACAUCUGUGCCACCAACGAACGAUUCAGUGCAUAAACAGGAGCAUUCGCCUUUGAAUACUAAUCCCCCGCAGCCAAUCUAUACCCCAUUUCGUUACACUGAAGGCCCACAGAGGGGCUCUGAUCAACUUUCACUCCAUCUUCCAGCAUACCAAGCAUACUCUGCUUUGCGACAGGCAUCUGCCACCAGCGGUAGGAUAAUGUCGAAUGCUCCAAAUCCGCCCUCUGAGGAUACCGCAAGCCCCACUGUUCCAUCCUCGGCGACACAGAAUCAGGACGAUGAAACCUUCAUCGGCCUCAUCAGAGAAAAGAGUGUUGCCUACCGAAAACACGCGCGAAAAGCCUCUUCCCCACCACCAUUGCCAUUGUCUCUCAGGAAGGGGAGACCGGCAAGUGUAAUUGACGAUCUGCGUUCCAUAAUUUCGUCGCCCUUGGCGAACCAGUCAGAAAGCCCUUGGCACAAGACCACUAGAGAAGGUUUGGGGCCUUAUUCGAAUGACUUCAACUUCAUCAUGGAAACAAUGAAAUCUUGGGAAACUGCGAGUCAAUUUCGCAAGGAGGCCCUAGAUAAAGAGCGUUUCCAUCGCCAAGAGGAGUCAGAAAAACACAUCGACGCGCAAUUCAAUGACAAGGAAAUCGGAUACGCCGAUAUCAACGUCCUGGAGGAAGAAUUCCGUCAGACAGAGGCUCGAGCCCAAUUGGAAGAAGAGCGUAGGGAAUUCGAAGAUUUCGAGGCUAAUAUCUUCAAGAAAUUGGAUGAGCGUUUGAAUGAUGAGCUUUCCGCGCUUCGAACUCAAUACGAGUCGGCGCUUGGUCAACUUGACCACGAAAAUAGCAGGAUCAAGGAUUCUGUCACCGUCAAAUACAAUCUUUCUCACACCAUGAAGGUCGUGAACGAGAUUUACCAAAAGCUCGAGGUCCGCUACCAGAAGCGUCUUGAAAUUGCCUUGGAUCUUGAGCGCCGACGCAAGAAGACCGAGAGACGGCCGCUGGUCUUCAUGGGUGAUUCCGCGGCUCUCAAGCGUCUGGACAGUGAUUUUGAUGAAAUGGAAAGGCGGAAUGUGCUCGAGGCUGCCAAAGACCGUGAUGAAAGGGCCAAUCGACUGAUGGAUUCUUUUGAUGACGCGAUUAUGCACGGGUUGGGUGAAAACCAAAGCCUCCUUGAUGAGCUAUCUACCAAGUUGUCGAAAGUCGAUGCCACAGUCAUUCGCGCUUCUGGAUUGGCAGAUUCUGAGAUCGAGCAGGUGCUACACUCGCUCUACAAUAUGGUGGAAUCACUCCGAGCAGAUUCCGAGUCGAUUCUCCACAGCUUUGGCAUAGCAGACUCGGCGCUCAACAACGCAGAUUAUCAAGUUUCGGUCGCAGAGGCCCGCUACUCCAAUGCCGACGUUGAAAUUCUGCGUCAGUUAGAAAACGAGAAGAAGAAAGAAGACGCCAAAAUUCAGAGCGACCUUCAAACCAAAUUGGAGAGUGUUCGUGCUGGUCCGGCUAAGAUCACCACUACCAUCAACGAUCUCUUGAAAGUCAUCGACAAAGACCCUAUUGCAGAGCAAUCCAGCUCGUCAGGGACUGCCACCCCUAGUUAUCCUGCUGAGUCGCUCAUGCCUGGCCCCCCACCCUCUGCAGUUGGUCCUCGGAAAUCGGGCGAAGAUACGGCGCAUCAAGAACGGCUCCGAAAAGCAUUAGAAGAUGCGAAGAUGAGAAACACCGCCCGACGUAACCCUUGA